CCUCCAACGCCGCAUGCAGCACGCUCAUGCGCGCCUCACUGUUCUCGUGAACUCGGUUCAUGGCCGCAAUACAUCAACCUAGGACGAAGAAGGCCGAGAGAAUCAAUGAUCAACUUUUCCCGCUGUUCUUCAGGACUUUCCAAACUGGUACCGUCGCAGAGUUCGCAACCACAGCGGACAAGUUAGCCAAUUGGCUGAAGGUGGAUAAAGCAUAUUACUCGAGAGCGCGACCCACGAUCGUUGAGUUGCUGGAGACUGCUCAUGAUACCGUACGCCGCCACAGCGAAGACUCAGAGCUGCCUUUCCACGUCAGCAGGGUGAAUGACGGUGUGCGCCCUUACGCAGAACCGUUCGUGAGACUUGUUCGGACCGUGGCGCCCUUCUACCCGCUCUUUCCGGAACCUCACCUUCAAAUGCGUCUGCGCGACAUUUUCCAGACAAUAUGUGACGAUGUUGCUGAGUUCUUAUCGCAGCCACUGCCCUUCCACCGUGGCUCGACGACACCGUCUGCCGUUACGACUCGAACAACUCCGCCCUCGCCCCCCGCACACAGCCCCGUCACUUCUGAAGGUCCUACUGCCCUGUCGUUGACUCAAGGUCUGACAACCCAGGAGACUUCGGUACAUCUUCCACCCGCACACACCACGAACUUUGGAACCCCUCCAACAACAAGUAACCCGCUGCAGCUAUUAAGCAGCGGUCCAAGUCCCUUUAUCGCUAAAAUCUCUGGCAGCUCAGAUAUCACUUCGACAUCAUCCUCCCCCAGAACUGCAACGCCAACUAUGCCUCAGACGAACCAGGUGGCAGCUCCCGCGGCUCCUGUGCCUCCAGUGGCUUCAUCUCCAACCACUGCGACUGCGACAUCUCAUAGCACGCGUCCUAAGGUGAAGAAGAAGAAACUCGCUUUCGAUGACUUCAUCGAAGCAGAUCUCAACUGGUACAAAGACAAACAUUCUACCCAAGCUCAGGAUUCGCUUCCACCGACCCCACGGGCGACAUCGGAGGCAGUGACGUCAUCCAUCGGUACAUCCAGCGCACUUGUCGCGCAGCUCACGGAGCCGAUGUCGGGGAGAUUAGCUAGUCCUCCGAUGGAGGUACCGCAGUCAAUACAAACUGAUGCUGUCCCUGUCCUCGAUCCCUCGACCGCCACGCUAGAUACUCAGACUUCACGGUCGCCAUCUGUACCUCUGCAAGACGUCGUGUCACCCAAAUCCAGAUCACCUUCUGUACCACUGCGUUUUGUGGUGAAGCCGCAUCUGAAGCGGAAGGCGCCAGACGACGACGUUGACUUACAAGAAGCUCGAGUCGAGUCCAGGCCACGUUCCCGUCCCCAAAGUCCUACAUUACUGCCACCAUCCCUCACACGACGUCCAACGCCUUCAGUCCUACCGCCUGUUGUCGCUGCCGAUAAGGAGGAGACGGAUGUGCGGCCAAACCCACCCACGCCUGCGAAUGAUCCUCCCCCAUCCAGCGGGGCCCUGCCUUCCCCUCUAGCAACCAAGAAGGAGAAGAGGAAGAAACGGAAGGGCCCGCCAGGCUUGAGGGUUCUCCCUCUGCACCCUCUCACUGAGGAACAGCUCAAGGAGAAGCUGGACACCGAAGGUGCUCUGCAGGACCUGCCCGUUGUACGCCCUUCGAGAGGGAAGAAGAGCAACAAGGAGGAAGGACAGCUCGAGUCCGAAUCCAAAUCGAGGUCAUGGACUCCACCUCCAGAACUGCCUCAAGAAGAGCCGAGUUUCGGGCCCAUCAGCGAUGCCAGGCAGACUACUGAGCCUUCUUCUGCAGCCGCACAGGGCUCGGAACGUGCUGCUUCACCGCAGGAAGCAGCCCGAGUACAUACGUCCGCUCCUGUGGAUCUCCCUUCGGACAUCGUCCUUGAGGAGACUGUAGCCUUUGCCGCUUCUCCUGAUGCAAUGGAGGUAGAUGCAGCUCUCGAGCUGCCACGACUUAGUGUCGGUCAAGAUCCCGCAGCACCCGAUACGCCAGAAGGAGAGAAAGGAGCUGCAGCAGCGGAAGAUGUGUCCAUGGGAGAGACGGCACAAUCUGGAGAGAUACUUCUUGGGGAUGAUGUCACGAUGCAAGUGGAUUCACCGGCGGAACCUAUGGACGGGAGCUCGACACCUGCCGGUCAUAGCAGCGCUGUCCAUCCUGCCCCAAGUGUAGAAGAACCCGGACACUCCAAUGGCGACGCGACUUACAUGAAUGGCACAAAGGCUAUUGAACCUCCUGCACGAAGUCCUGUCCAUGCUAGCCUCCCAUCAACCAGUGCUAUCGAACCACAGGAGGACCGGAUGGAUCCUCAAGCAUCUCCCUUCGCGUCGAGACUGGUGCGAUUGCUCAGCCUUGAGCGCGGCCAUCCUUCACACACUUCCCCGCGGGAACCAGUCGAGCUCAAUUUUACUCUCACUGACGAGGAGAUGCUGCACAUCGCGCGGUGGAACGAUCGGGAGAAUUCAACGAGCGACCUCUCAGCAAGCAUGUGUGUAUCACUUGUGUCAUACCCUCUCGAGCAAUGUGCCAAAGCAUUCAAUGGCGAUCCGUACACUGAUCAAGAAGACAUCGAUGUUGUCGGUUUCGGAUGCCCGAGAUCUUGGCCACAGGAUGGCUCUAUAUAUGUUGUCCUUGACGUCUCCGGAGAACGCGGUCCGCCCCGUAGUAUCAACGUGGCACCGCCCUUUGGAUUUAACACAUUACAUCGACCUGUUGAUCUCGGGGGGCACGGAGUACAUCCUGGCGACAACACUCUUCAUUUAUUCCAGUUCCGAGAUCAUUCGGACUGCAUAUUUGCCGUCGUGCUUCAUCGUCCUACAGUGGAACAAUUAGCGGAGGUCGAAGCCGUCCUGAAACGUGAGCGCGCAUUAGAAGAUUGGAUCGAAGGGUUAGGGAGCUUCAACCUGCCUACACCAAGGUUGCUUCACGCCCCAAACGGGAACGUCGCAUACAGUCGGUGUAAUAUGUAGCCUCUACCGUGUAUUGUACUGCAAGCGGGGACCGGAUGAGUCCCACUGCUCGCUCGCUUCUCGCUGUCUCCACGCUUUCGUGCUCGUCAAGCUAUUUCUAGUCAUGUCCACUUCAUAUAAUGCAUAUCAGCGUGAAUAAGAUAUUGUGAUGUAUCAUAGCAACCCGCAAUGUCUGCAUGAAAGAAUCUAUAUGAUGCAAAGGUCCGUGCGUGCUGGGGUACCCCCAUGAACAAACUCCGAGGUCGACAGCGCGCUGGUACGUCCUCACGACACGCCCUCUUGGAACCACUGUGGACACUGGCACUCUCGCGCCCUACCAAAAAAAAACUCCGAGAGUUUUCCGCUUAGCCCCGAGCCGAAAAAGAUUAGAAAUUUGGCGGUACGACUUUCGAAUACAUGAUCAGGCUCAUCGCCGUCUCGUCAUGCCGUGCUCGCGCAGCUUGUUGCAGCAACAAAUCGAUCGGCAUCUCAGAUUCCAAGAGCAAGAUCCAAAGGACGAGGUCUGCCAAUAGCAUUCGAAGACGUGCCCGCGGAGACCCGAACCAACCGAAACGCAGUAUAGAGCCGUCGUGAACUCAUGUGGCUGCGACAGACGCUGCAGGCGACAUCCUUGCCCGGGAAGAUGCUGCACCUGGAGAUGUGGAGGGCUUUCUCGGGACGCCUUUCGGACUGCGGGGACUCUUGGGACGUCGACGAGCCCUCUCAAGAUUCAACCAUAUAAGGGUUUGCUUAUAUGCUGCCAUCUUCUCGUCUUCAGAGGGCUCCGCCGCGUGGAGCACAAAUAGACGGUCCGCCAAUGGCGCGAGGUGGAUGAGGUCAAGCGUGUUUUUCCCGUGUCGGACGGUAAGAGUGAUAUCCAAAUGUGUGGUCCAUGGACUAGGCUGAUGCGUGAACCAAGCGGUCCCAGAGGUGUUGUCUUCGCGCUUGACCUCCACGACGAGUUUACCUGGCUCCGGCCAGUCUGAUGGGAUGUCGAAUAAGGUGGCAGCUACGUCCUCCGGCGAAAGUCUUGGGUCCUGCAGGACUGCUUGGGCUGGUGUGAUCGGUAGACAGAGUAGAUGAACCGCCACGUGGCGCUCAUUGAGACUGAUAGACUUUUGUCUGGUUGACCAUCGUUGAAUUGCAUCAGCAGUGGCAUGAUCCACAAAGAAAUCCAUCGACUCGAUCCGCGCGGACGGCUGCCCUCUGACAUUCCCCCAUAAACCUGGGACGACACAUGGAGGGUAGUCCUCCGAUGGUGGGUCAUUCGGCCUCUGUACAGAGUGCAUAUCGUCGUCAGGCUCCUGUACCACUCGUUCGUCCUCGGGGGUUCGAUCCAAGAUGCGCGUAACGGUUUCGGAAUCUUGACGAGAUGAGUCUGAUGCAAUGUUAUCUGCCUCCUGCGUAGCAGCGAUGUCUUCCCGGUCGAUGGAGACGGAGCUCGUCUGGGGAGAGUGCGGAGGUAGAAAUGGGCUGGAGGUUGCAGGUAUGAUGAUGGUACACUGAUUAUCUGAAGGCAUCUCUGAUGGCACUUGCAUUGAAGGUUCGUCUGGCGCAGGUGGUUGUGAAGUGGGUAUGGUGGGACUGGGACUGCCGAGGCUCGAGCUCGAAGCCGCUGGAAAAGGCAAAGGUAUUGCCGGAUGUGGCUGGAGAUCAGUUGGCGAGAUAUCCGGAUAGCGAUCUCUGUUCAGCGCAGGAUCAGGAUUCGAAGGGGAGGCAAUCCGAGACCGAGAACUGGGCGGAGGAGUUACGUCUGCAGGCACAUGAACUUCGGCAUGAUCUGCUGGAGGAAGGACUUCAGUAUCUUGGUCCAUGGGAGUAUCCUCGUCCAACGCCAUGGGGGUAACAAUUUCUAGGGACGGUUCCGUCGGCAACUCCAAUUUCGGACGUUUAGGCGGGGAAACAGAUAUGUCAGGGCCAGGCUCCCUCACCCGCUUCACGGAAUGCAUCGUAUCUGUCGCCUUCUCCCCGGAUAUCUGCUCGCGCACUUGCUUCGCGAGUUUCACGAAGUCGGCACAUAGCUUAUCCGAAAGAAGCCUGUAUGCUCGUCUCUUCACCGUCUCCUCGUCCACUCCAGGUUUACGCAGCUUCGCGUUGCGUUCCACGAGUGGAACCAAUAUGGCACGGCAUUGAUCCAGAACGCGUUGGGAAAGAGGUGGGGACUGUCGCAGGGGCGGUACUGCGGGCGAAGAAGUCGACCGUGAGACAGACGCAGACAUGCCUCCUACGUGGGCGAUGACAUCAGCCGGAGGUCGUCCUACGGUGUUGUGUGUGGUGGUCGGAGACAUGGAAGAAGAACUGUUUACAAGAUAUAGCUUGUCUGUUUGAGGUGGCAACGCAGCAGCGAGAAAGGCGUCGACGUCGAUGACUCCAUCCUUCGUGCUCUCCACAGACUCAUUCUCUUCCUUUGGCACAUUCAUAAUCGAGUCGUGCAUCCCGCUAGGAGGAAAGUCGGUCGGGUUCCCGAACACAUCGAUAGUCGAACGCGAUCCCCUCUUCCUUCUGACAAGGUGUUCGCUGCGCGUGGGCGAGGGGAUGGUAACGGGCAAUUCCUCGGUCUUGAUUCGUACGCCAGAGGUCACGGUCUGCACUGAGGGCUCAUCUUGCAUUUUCUCGCCCAGGACCUGUGAAACCUCACCUUCUUCUCCUCCCUCCUUGACGGCGCUUUCCCUUUGCCCAUGGUCAUACCGCUUGUCUGUUUUACCCGUGUCGGACAUACGCGCGAGCAGCGCAGGUUUCUCCGCUCCAUCCCGGGAACACACGCUCGGCGGGUCUGAGUCACGCACGCGGACCCACGAGCGAUUGGGAUAGAUUGGCUUCUUUCCUUUGCCAGCAGCUGUCUCCGCUUUCGUCUGCCAUUGCGAGAGAGGAGUGGGGGAGCGCUCGCG